AUCCCUCUUCUUUCUUGCCAGUCAGGACCUGAAUGGGAUCUUUUCUAUUGUUCUUAACCAAUCACACUGAAACUCACAAAAGUGACUCUAAUGCUUCAGGCUACAAGUAUUGGAGAGCAGUAACAUCAAUUUUCCAGCUAUGUAUGUACUCACUUAUGUCUGAAUGGCUCUGUCGAACGAUGUGCCGCUUACCUCAGUUGUGGACUGAAGAGGAACACACAACCUAAAAGUUUCUAGUUUUUUCAGGGAUCUUACUCAGGACUAUAGCUCUGGAGACAACCUUUCAGAUCGCUCUGAGGAACUGCUCCAUAGAGGUAAGGGAGAAUCCAGGAUAUAGAGGAGUUUUUUGUUUCUUGCUUUUUUUUUUUUUUCUGGAAAAAACAGGUAGUCGAACAUUAAGGGACUGCUGGUAAUCACAAAGAACAGACAACUCAAGUUAAUGAUUUCAGUGCUUUUCUGUGUAUGAGAAGAUGCAAGAAUCUGGCUUCCUUGAAACUCGUCCUUAGAUAUGCAUCUUAACUAUUAAGGGUCAUUGUCCAAAUUACAGAGUGCUUCCUGCCUUUCUCCAUCUUGAUUUCCCCUCAGGGCACACCUUUGGGGAACGGCUGCAGUGGGGGCUGGCUUGAUCCUUUUAGAAGUGGAAUGGGUGGGGGGGGGCAAAAUUCUCUGCCCACACAGUAAUAGAAUUUGGAAACGUCUAAAAUAAUAGACUUGUCCUCUGAGAGCAGGCUGAACUUCAAGGAGUCUAAAACAACGUCUCUUCACGCCUUUCACAAGGAGCAAAGCCCCUCCCUCUGGGUAGGAGCACCAUUUCUCCCGCAUUCCUCGGGGUACCUCCCAGCCAACGUUCUGGCGGUAAGGAUGGAGAACACCCUUCCCUGAGGUCUCCAGAGCUCUGAGAACGAUAUUACCCGGAAGAGCCUAGGCACAGAGACACCAGGCAUGAACCAAUGAGGGAUCAGGAUGAGGGCUUUCCCCGAGUGAGCAUGCGUCAGGGGCGGGACCUCCGGCAUCCUGUCCUGGCGAUCAUUUUGCUUGGUGGGGGGUCCGGCGGAGCAGGGAACUGUGCUCGGAUACCGUCGUCCUCUGUCGGGGGCUGUUGUCCUCACGGCGUAGUGUGGGAGGAAGGGGACACCACCUAGCCAGCCAAGUCGCGCUCAUUUUGGCGUCUCUCUCGUUGGCUCGCUGGUCGGGAACGGGAAGGUCCGAAAGGAGGCUGUGUCCCCGCUGCACAGAGGCGUGUCAAGUUCGGCAAUGCAGUCCGGGGUGCCGCGCGCCAGACCCGGAAUAAGGGACGCCGCUCCCAGCCCUCUGAGAUCACAGAAUCCGAUGGCGGCGGCGCUGAGGGACCCGCCUCAGGGUGGUGUGACCUUUCCGGAUGUUGCUGUGCGCUUCUCCUGGGGGGAGUGGAAGCUUCUUGAUGAGGCUCAGAGACGCCUGUACCUCAGUGUGACGCUGGACAUCUAUGCACUUAUAUCCUCGCUGGGUUGCUGCUGUGGAGCAGAAGGUGAGGAGACAUCCUGUGAAGAAACUGUUCCUGUAGGAGUGUCACAGGCUGGAUCUCCUAAGGCAGCUCCAUUUUCCCAGAAGACACACCCCUGUGAGAUGUGUGGUCCAGUCUUGAGAGACAUUUUCCAGUUGGCCGAGCAUCAGGGAACACAACACAGCCAUAAACUGUUGAGAUGUGGAGCAUGUGCAACAACAUUUUAUAUGCCUUUGAAUAGCAUUGUACACAGGGCUUCAUUUUUCAGGAGCCACAGAUUCCAAGUGUCACAGAAGCCUCUUACUUCUAGGAAGAUCCGGGCCAGCGUGGGACAUCUGCAGCAGCAGACCACUCAUACUGUGGAGAAGCCAAGCAAAAUCACCCAGUGUGGGUCAACUUCACAAGGCAGGAAAAAUCAUCACACCUGGGGAGAAUGCAAGAAAGCCCUCAGCCCCAAACACACACUUGUUCAGGACUGGUGUGUCUACACUGAAAGACAGUGUUUUGUGUGCAGUGAAUGUGGGAAAACAUUCAGGUACAAAUCCGCAUUUGUUAUGCACCUGAGAGUACACACUAGAGAAAGGCUUCAUGUGUUUAGCAGAAGUGACAAAUCCUUUAGACAAAGCUCAACCAUCAGUCAACAUCGAAAAAUUUAUACUGGUUCAGGACAGGACAAGUGCAGCAAAUGUGGGAAAUCCUUAACUCAAAAAUGUGUCCUCAUAUAUCCGCAGAGAUUGCACAGUGGAGAAAACAGUUCUGUGUGCAGCGACUGUGCAAAGUCUUUUUCCCAUAGCUCUGUGUUCAUUCGACAUAAGAGAGUAUUUUCUGGAGAAAGGUUUUAUAAGUGUAGUGACUGUGUGAAAUCUUUUACCUGUAGGUCUGCCCUCAUUUAUCAUCAGAGAUCUCACACAGGAGAAAGGCCUUAUGAGUGCAGUGAAUGUGGGAAGUCCUUUACCACUAACCGCACCCUCCGUUCUCAUCAGAGAUCUCACACGGGAGAAAAGCCUUAUAAAUGCACUGAAUGUGGAAAGUCUUAUACCUCUACCAAUGCUUUCCGAUAUCAUCAGAGAGUUCAUUCUGGAGAAAGGCCUUAUGAGUGCAGUGAAUGUGGGAAAUCUUUUAUGUCUAGGUCUGCAUUCAUUUCUCAUCAUAGAUAUCACACAGGAGAAAGGCCUUAUGAGUGCAGCGAAUGUGAGAAAUCUUUUGUCUCUAGGGCUGCCCUCAGAUAUCAUCAGAGAUCUCACACAGGAGAAAAACCUUAUGAGUGCACCGAAUGUGGGAAAUCUUUUACCACUAACUCUAACUUCCAUUAUCAUCUAAGAGUUCACACUGGAGAAAGGCCUUAUGAGUGCAGUGAAUGUGGGAAAUGUUUUACCAGUAGCUCUAACCUCCAUUAUCAUCAAAGCACUCACACUGGAGAAAGGCCUUAUGAGUGCAAUGAAUGUGGGAAAACUUUUAUUACUCCUGCUAUUCUUCGUUACCAUCAGAAAAUUCAUUCUAGUGAAUGGCCUUUUACGUGCAGUGAAUGUGGGAAAUCUUUUACCUCUAAAUCCAACUUUUGUUAUCAUCUGGGGGUUCAUUCUGGAGAAAGGCCUUGUGUAAGGUGCAGCGAAUGCGGGAAAUCCUUUACCAGUAGCAGUACCCUCCGUUAUCAUCAGAGAAUUCAUUCUGGAGAGAGGCCUUAUGAGUGCAAUGACUGUGGGAAAUGUUUUAUGUCUGGGUCUGCCCUCAGAUAUCAUCAGAGAUUACACACAGGAGAAAGGCCUUAUAAGUGCAGUAAAUGUGGGAAGGCUUUUAAAACUAGCUCCAACCUCUGUUAUCAUCAGAGAGUUCACAGAGGAGAAAGACCUUAUGAGUGCAGUGAAUGUGGGAAAUCCUUUACUUCUGUCUAUUAUCUGUGUAAUCAUUAUAGAUUUCAUUCUGGAGAAAAGCCUUAUAAGUGUAGCAAAUGUGGGAAAUCCUUUACCCUUAGGAAUAGCUUCAUUCAACACCAGAAAGUUCACACAGAAGGUCUUUAUGGAUGUAGUGAGUGUGGGAAACCUUUUCAGAGUAAGUGUGGGCUUAUUGAACACCAGAGAAUUCACACAGGAGAAAGGCCUUACAAAUGCACUGAAUGUGGGAAAUCUUUUAUUACUAAUUACCUCUUCCGUGUUCAUCAGAGAAAUCACACUGGAGAGAAGCCUUAUAAGUGCAGUGAAUGUGGGAAAUCUUAUACCGCUAGCUCUACCCUCCGUUAUCAUCGUAGAACUCAUACUGGAGAAAAGCCUUACAAAUGCACCAAAUGUGGGAAAUCUUUUACCGCUAAUAACCAUCUCCGUGUACAUCUGAGAAAUCACACUGGAGAGAAGCCUUAUGAGUGCAGUGAAUGUGGGAAAUCCUUUACUAGCAACUCUAACCUUCAUUAUCAUCAGAGUACUCACAGUGGAAAGAAACCUUAUGAGUGCAGUGAAUGUGGGAAAUCCUUUACCAGCAGCUCUAGCCUUCGCUAUCAUCAGAGUGCUCACACUGGAGAAAGGCCUUAUGAGUGUAGUGAUUGUGGGAAAUCAUUUGUCCAAAGAAAUCUCCUCAUUAUACACCAGAGAGCUCACACUGGAGAAAGACCUUAUAAGUGCACUGAAUGUGGUAAAUCUUUUACUCAUAGCUCCACCCUCAAUUAUCAUCAGAGAGUUCACAGUGGAGAAAGGCCUUUUAAGUGCAGUGAAUGUGGGAAAUCUUUUAUUAACACCUCCAAACUGCGUUGUCAUGAGAGAGGUCACACUAGAGAAAGGCCUUAAGAGUGCCCUAAAUGUGGGAAAUCUUUUAUGAGCAAAUCCUUCUGAGGAUUGGAGAGUUUACACGAGAGAAAGGCAUAGAUGUACAGGGAAUGUGCAAUUUCCUUGUUCAGUACAGAGGCAGUGGAGAAAACUGAGGGGCCAUUGGUCUGAAUUGAAUCUCACCUCAAGUGCUUCUGAGGGCAUGAAUUUUUUUCCCUUACUCAAAUUAGAGAUUAUAGGGUAUUGAGGCACUGUUGGAGAGUGUGUAUUCCUCCAAGUCUACAGAGAACUAUAUUUCCCAAUGUCCACAAUUCUUUGAGCUAAUGUUGCUAUUUGUAAGACCAUUGGGUCCAGGGGAAACCAUAAUUGGUACAGAAACUCUGGUUUAGUAGGGAGUGGAGGACAUUGCAGCCAACUAGAUGGAAUGUACCUCUUCUAAAAGUGUAUCCAGAUUCUGUGACAUUGACUGUGCAAGAUCAGUUUAUACACUGAUUCUAGUGAAUUUCACUUCAAGACCCUUACUGCAGAGGCAGGAAAGGAAGAGAAAAGGGGAUGUAGCUCUUGUGAUCUAGGCAGCAUGCCUGUUGACUCAGGUAGAAAUGUACUUCAUUGCUCUUCAUAUUUGCUAUCACUGAGGGAAGACUGAUCCCCAGAGAGCACAAGGAGAGCAUUAGUGGAUUCAGUAUAUGGUUGCCAAACCUAUUUUCCAAAGGGAGUGAGACAUACAGAUUUUUUCAUCUUGAGACAAUCUUUGAAUCUAUAUUAAAGUAUAAUUUACAUGUACUAAACUGCAUAUGUUUGAAGUAUUACAAGUUAAUAAGUUUUCACCUAGGUAUGAAUCUCAAAACCAUCACCAGAGUUCUGAUACUGCCCAUAUUUACCUCAUGACCUAUUAUUAUCUCUCCUUGCCCUUCCCACCUCUCCAGGUAAUCACUGAUGUACUUUUCCUUAGAAUAGAUACCUUUGCAUUUUUUUUGAAUUUAUCUAAUUGGAAUCAUAAGCUGUUUACUGGGUUUUUCUUCUGAGUUCCUUUGUUUCAUAAUUAUUUGAGAUUCAUCAGUGAUAUAAACGAAUAGCUCAUCUCUUUAUUUUUUGAUGAGUAGCAUUCUUAUUUGGAUGUACCACUGUUAGUUUAUCCAUUCAUCUUUUUAUGGGCAUUUAGGUUAUUUCUAGGUUUUCACUCUUGAAAAUAAAGCUGCUACAAACAUUUGCA